UUUUUAAAUUACAAGUGUUAUGAUUAGCUAUUAAGUUUUGUGUUUGGGGUCUCACCGCUCGUUCCUGUCGCAGCGUGCAUUUGUUUUGCCUCAGUUCUGUGUGUUGUGACAUUCUAGACGUGAAGUUGUGAACACGUCAGUAAGACUGUUGAACAUUGAGUGAACAUCGACUGUCUUUCUUGCGCAGCAAACGCAAGUGCUGCAUCAACAGACUCCUUGCCAGAACGCGAGGAGGGCAGAGGGGUACUGUGACGACGAUUUUAGUAAUGUCUCUUGAGAAAUAACAUUAUAGCGUCUCUAAACAUGACUUCGGUGUGGAAGAGACUUCAGCGUGUCGGCAAGAAAGCGUCGAAGUUCCAGUUUGCGGUGACUUUUCAAGAACUGACAGUAGAAUGCACGAAGAAAUGGCAGCCAGACAAACUGAGAGUAGUAUGGAGCAGGAGAAACCGGAGAAAUUGCACUAAGCUGCAUGGGUGGCAGCCUGGCAUCAAGAACCCCUACAGGGGCACGGUGGUGUGGCAGGUGCCCGAAAACCUGGACAUCACCGUCACACUCUUCAAGGACCCGACUGCAGAUGAAUUUGAAGACAAGGACUGGACACUCAUCAUUGAGAAUGAGACUAACAAGGGCCACAGGAAGGUGCUGGCGUCAGUGGACGUCAACAUGAAGAAGUUUGCCAGCGCCACCCCUGCCCAGUACGACCUGACGCUGAAGCCCAAGCCCCUGUCUGUGAAGGUGGUGGAAGCCACACUCAAACUGACCUUGACCUGCGUCUUCCUCAAAGAGGGCAAGGCCACAGAUGAGGACAUGCAGAGUCUGGCCAGUCUGAUGAGCCUGAAGCAGAGUGACAUCGGCAACCUGGACGACUUCAACGAUAGUGACGAGGAGGAGGGCGAGAGGAGGGUCAGCACCGGAGCUGGCAUGGGCCCCGCCACUCCUGUCACAGCACCCGCGAGAAGAAUACAUGAUCAGGCAUGGAGGCCUGUGAUUGACCCAGAGCCCACAGAGUUUCAGAGGCAGUUGAGCACUUUGACAGAGGAGGAAUACAGCACUGCCACAACUCCCAACCACACUGCUGGAAUGAUCAGUAUUGCCAGUCAGAGGCCAGACCCAUCAACAUCCACACUUGACCCAUUGGCUAAGCCCUUUGGGACAACAGUCCAUGAGAGAAGGCAGGAGGCAUUCUCAAUGUUUGGAGUGGAGGUUGUCCAGGCAAUGGCAGGCCCUUCAUGUCAGUCUCCCAUCCAAGUGGGACAGACAUUGCGGUAUGGGAUGGGAGCAACUGUUGACAAUGAGCCAAAAGAGCCAGACCACAGCCAGACCACUUGUGAGGUUGUGGCCCUGGCAAAGUGUCAAGUUAUAGAGGACUUGGAGAUGAUAUGUAAGGAAGAAAUGGAAGAGGAAGUCAUAGAGUCAGGCUCCGGAAUAGAGCAUUCUGGGAAGGAAGAGGUUACUGUGGCUAGGCAGGUGGAAGUGUAUGAGAUGCGACCUGAAAACAUGGUUUCUCUGCCGCCAUCAUGCCUAAGAGUUGCCAGUGCACCAGGGUUUCUAUCCACUCAAGCAUCCUGUUCAGAGGCUCAGUUAGAAUACUGUCCAGUGGACAAUAGCAUAUUAUGGGAGAUGCCAAGAAAGGAUGGGUCAGAGCUCUCUAUCGAAAGAUCAAAAGAGAAGAGAGACAUGGUGAGAGAAAUGGCAGAUAUGGUCUCAUCUUGUCCAAGCACUGUCAGCAUUCCGGGAUUUCUGUCUCCACAUCUGUCCAAGGAAGUCAAGUUAGAGAGGGAACCUAGCAUGGCAGAUCUAAUGCCAUCCUGCCCAAGACUGGCUGGCACACUCGGAUUCCCUUCUCUUGAAAGUCAAGUAAAGGAGUGUACAAUCAACAUUGAGGCCUUUUGGGAGAAGCCCCCGAAGGGGAAAAAAAGGAUGGCCUUUAUGUCCACUCCACAUUUGGACAGAUUAAACGAAGACAAAGAGCUAAUGAAACACAUGAUGGCUCUGGUACCAUCAUGCUCUACUACAACAAGUAUUCCUGGUUUCCCCUCUGCACCACAUCCCAAAGCUGAGGUAUAUCCAAGUAUGUUGAGUCUUGUGCCAGCGUGCCUUAAAGUGUCCAGUCCCCUGGGUUUUGCAUCCACUGGGGGGGCUACAACAUUAGAGUGGCUUGUUAACCCAAAGUCUAUGUUUGAGCAGUUGCAGAAAAAUAAGGAGAAUAGAGAAGAAAACGUUUUUCCAAAAUACAGAUCGAAAGAACACAAUGAGAAAGUUAAAGCAAUGGUUGCUAUGGUGUCAUGUGGCUCAGAUGUAUCCACGAUUCCUGGCGUCCCCUCUGCUCCACAUCCAAAAACGGAGGUGGGGCCAAGUAGUGUGCAUCUUGUUCCCUCCUGCACUAAAGUUUCUAGUCUCCCUGGUUUUCCAUCCUUUGAGAAGGAUAGGUGGGCCGGGUGGGUUGUUGACCAGAAGCCAUUGUUGAAGAGACCACUAAAGGAGAGGAAAGUCAUUAUUGACAGCUCAAAAGCAGACCAAGAGGAAAUGAAAACCAAUGUUCCUUUGAGGCUAUCAUGUCCACACUCUGCAAGGAUCCCUGGCUUCCCAUCUGUACCACAACCCAAUAUGAUGAUUAAUUUGCCUGCUUGCUCUAAAGCUUACAGUGAGGAGGCUACAACAUUAAAGUGGCUUGUUGACCCCAAGCCUGUGUUUGAGCACUUGCUGAAGAAGAAGGAGGAAGAUGUUUUUCCAAAAGACAAAUCAAAGGAAGACAUUGACAAAAUGAAACCAGUAGUUGCUUUGGUGCCAUGUUGCCCAGAAGCAGCCAUCAUUCCUGGCUUCCCCUCUGGCUUCCCCUCUUGCUUCCCCUCUUGCUUCCCCUCUGUACCACAACCCAACGAUGUCUACCUGGGGCAAACUGUAGUCAACCUUAUUCCAUCUUGCCCAAAAGUCUCCAGUAUUGCAGGUUUCCCAUCUCAUCAGCGAACUGACAGAAAAUAUUGGCACACAGAUCCACCCGGAGAUCAUCAGCCAUUAUGGGAGAAGCAACUGAAAAAGAAGCAGAAGUUAUUGAUGGAAGUAUCAGAAAAAGACAAAGAAGAAAUGAAAGGAAUGGUGGCUCUGGUACCAUCAUGUCCUACUGCAGCAAUUAUUCCUGGCUUCCCCUCUGCACCACAUCCCAAAGCUGAGGUAGAGCGAAGUAUGUUGAGUCUUGUGCUCGCUUGCCCCAAAAUGUCCAGUCUCCCUGGUUUUGCAUCCACUGAUGGGGCUACAGCAUUAGAGUGGCUUGUUGACCCAAAAUCUAUGUUUGAGCACUUGCAAAAGAAGAAGGAAGAGGAAGAAAACAUUCUCCCAAAAGUCAUCGGCAAAACGAAAGCAAUGGUUGCUUUGGUGCCAUGUUGCCCAGAAGAAGGCAGGAUUCCUAGCUUCCGCACUGCACCACAACCUAAGAGGGAGCUUAAUAGUGUGGAUCUCACGCGAUCUUGCCCCAAAAGCUCCAGUCUCCCAUCGACGGCCAACGUCCAGACAGGAGAUUGGCACAUCGAACAGAAGCCUUUGUUCGAGAAGAAGCUGAAAGAUAAGACCGUAAUGAUCAAAGAUUGGUCACCAGAAGACAGAGAAAAUAGGGUGUCACUGGCGCCAUCUUGCCCAUGUGAGAGUCUCACUUCUGGGUUCCCGUUCUUUACACAACUAAAAGCAAUGGAAGAACAAACCGUGUUUUCCCUAAUGCGAGCUUGUCCAAGUGAAUCUAGAGAACCAGGAUUACCUUCUAGACAGCCAUCUGAAUUAGCUCGAACCCAGGGAGAAGAAUCUGUGAGUUCUAUGCAGCCAAUGUGGGAAAAACCAUUGAAGGAUAAUAGGUCAGAGGAUAUGGUGCUUUCCGAGCCUGACCUAAGCAGUGCAGUUGGAGAUGAAAACCUAAAAACGUUGCUUGCACUGGUACCAUUUUGCCUUGAGGCUUCAAGCAUUCCUGGUUUCCCGUCGGCCCCUCCUCACAGUCUAGAGUCUAUAGAGGCAAAUGAGACAAGUAUGCAGACAGAGAAGAAAGAGGUUACUGGAGAACCAGCAGAGUGUGUUCUAGAUAAGGGUGUCCUCUACAGCCCACAAAUAGAGAAAAUCCCAUCUGAUGAAUCUGAGGAAAUCCAGAAGUCCUCUGCAGUGUUAGAACCAGAGCUGGUCUUGGGAUGGGAGGUGUUGGAGGCUGAGGGGUCUGUGGCAGAGAAGCAGCAGGAGGCCUCUGGCCUAGUACAGACAAUUUUUGGUGUCUUCUCCAGGGGACAGCAGGGGGCAGCAGACGAGCCAACAACGCCUAAAGGCAGAGCUGUAAACUCUCAGGAAACGGGUCCAGGCAGUGCUGCUUCCCCAGAAGGCCUCAUGGCCAGUCCUGGCCUUGUUACCUCCAGCCAGUCCCUACUGGAGUGGUGUCAGGAAGUCAUCAAAGAACACAAGGGGGUCAAGAUCACCAACUUCAGCACAUCCUGGAGGAACGGCCUGGCCUUCUGUGCCCUGCUACACCACUUCCACCCGGACAGGAUAAACUUUGAGAUGCUGGACCCUUAUGACAUCAAGCGCAACAACAAGAAGGCCUUUGACGGUUUCGCAGAGUUGGGCAUCUCUCGGCUGAUAGAGCCCUCGGACAUGGUCCUCCUGGCCGUGCCUGACCGCCUCAUCGUCAUGACCUACCUCAACCAGAUCCGCACCUACUUCACGGGCCAGGAGCUGAGCGUGCUGCACAUCGAGGCGGACAGCAGUGAGUCCAGUUACGGCAUGGCCGGGGAGAGCCGGGAGGGCCCCGACCCGGAGGCCGCCGCACGCUACUGUCAACGGAUCCAAGAUGAGGCCCUCACAAUGGAGACCAAUGUGGGCGCUGCAGAGAAGAAGUCAGAUAGUGACACUAAGGAGGGCACCAAUAGGGAAGUGGUCCCACCCCCUAGAACCAAACGGCUGCAGGCUGCAGGGGAAGCAGGAGGGGCCCAAGCCCCCGUCGUACCCCCCAGGACACAUUUUUUGUCUGCCAAGUCUGGGUUCUCCCACCUAAAGGAUGUAGAUCUGGUUAAGAAACGACGGUCACAACGCAGGUCAAUAGACGAGGCAGACUCAACCGAGUUACAGGUUGCUGCAGCUCAGGAAGAGAGUGGAGCUGACAGAAUAAAAUCGGAAACAGGAAGGACAGCUGGUGAAGAAGGACGAUCGGCUGAGGAGGACACCAGCCAGUAUGUGCUGAGGGAGAUGCAGGCCCUAGAGUUUGAACAGAAGCACAUUGACAGCAGGGCAGACAUCGUGGAAAGUAGUCUACGGCUGCUGAUGGAGUCGGGUAGUGACAAGAUGCAGGAGGAGAAGCUGAUUCAGGAGUGGUUCACUCUGGUCAACAAGAAGAACGCCCUCAUCAGGAGACAAGACCAACUACAGCUACUGCAAGAAGAGCAGGACCUGGAAAUGAGGUUUGAGAUGCUGAACCGAGAGCUGAGAGACAUGAUGGCUAUUGAAGAGUGGCAGAAGACAGUGGCCCAUAAACACAGGGAGCAGCUGCUACUGCAGGAGCUGGUGUCUCUGGUCAACCUGAGGGACGAGCUGGUCCACGACAUGGACGCCAAGGAGAAAGGGGCUCUGGAGGAGGACGAGAGGCUGGAGAGAGGCCUGGAGCAGAGACGAAGGAAGUACAGCAAGAAGAGCAAGCAGGAGAAGUGUGCACUGCAGUAAGGCCUGGCGUUGGACACACCCGAACCAGUGGAAGGUCACACCCGAACCAGGCAACCCAGUGGAAAGUCACCAGGAUGCACAUUGGGACUAAAGUUGUAUGUGUGUGGGUCAUGAUAUCAACACUGCAUGGAAGAGACUGAGAACUGUGUUAUGGGACUGCACUAGGAGGACAUAAAGCAAUGUUCACUCACCCCCCUCUAUGAUAUGACUGAGCCUCAUUGCAACCUAUGACUGGUUGUCAACAGUCACCCUGCUCUUCAGAUUGUGUUUUGAUUGGAUUUAAGUUUAGUUUUUUUGUGCAUAGCGUGUGUAUACGGUUGGGUUUUAAUUUUGAGUAAAUAACUGAAGGACACUAGAGAAGCUUAACCAAGUUUAAUUCUUCCCAAAAGGGUCGAUUUUAGCUGUAAUUCAGACACAGACAUGGCUUCCCCCGUGGUGGUAUUCAUACCCCACUUUGGGUGGAGUCUCCUCAUCUCUAAACAUUGCAUCAUUCUUGCUAAAUGUGGGCGACAGGGUAGCCUAGUGGUUAGAGCGUUUGGACUAGUAACCGAAAGGUACAAGUUCGAAUCCCCGAGCUGACAAGGUACAAAUCUGUCGUUCUGCCCCUGAACAGGCAGUUAACCCACUAUUCCUAGUCAUUGAAAAUAAGAAUUUGUUCUUAACUGACUUGCCUAGUUAAAUAAAGGUAAAAUAAAAAAAUUUGACUUCAGGUCACAAAGACAUAUCCCUAACUAACUAAUCACCAGAUUAAGUGCCUUACACUUUUAGAAAAAAGCAUUCCAAAAUGGUUCUUCAACUGUCCCCAUAGGAUUUUUGGUUCCAGGUAGAACCUUUUUUGGUUCCAGGUAGAACCCUCUCAGGUUUUACAUGGAACACAAAAGGGUUCUACAUGGAAUCAAAAGGGUUCUACCUGGAACCAAAAAAUAGUUCUUCAAAUGGUUCUCCUAUGGGGAUAGCCAAUGAACCGUUUUAGGUUCUAGAUAGCACCUUUCUUUCUAAGAUACUGUAGAAUCUGUUACAGUAGUGUAUUAUGGGUUACUUCAAAAAGGUAUUUUCUACUGAGUGGGAUAUUAGGGAAGGGGCAGGGCUCCUGUACUCAGCUACAUCAAAUACCUACAUUAGACCCAUGCAGCAGGUGGAUUGAUUCACCCCUUUUCACCUAUUGUUAAAUAAGCAGUCUGAUUAUUGAAAAUUACAAUGGCAAAAUGGAAGUGAAAUGCUGAAUUUGUGCAAACAAAGAAUGCCAAGACGAGCUUCCUCAUUUAUUGCAGUAUGUUGGCUUGGACUGUGCAGACAGCACACAGCGAGCACCUGUUGUCUGAUUCUUUAUUGGAGGUGAAUGUAUGUGGAUGCUCCAACACUCAAGCAGAGUGGGAGAUCUUGGAUGAAAGAGGCAAAGGACAGAAGUCAGUAUACUGCAGCUUGGUGUCUGAAAGAACAAAGCAGUUAAAACGUGUUGGAAAUAUUUGAAGCUUUUAUUUAUUGAAUAGGUAGAUAGAUAAUCCUACCUAUCCUGCCUGUCAUAUGUGCCUUUAACCAGAUCCAGAGAAGAAAUAAAUGUUCAGAAGUAGGACUCAACUUUGUGUUCCUAGUUCUCAAAUGUUUAUGCAGUGAGUGCAGUUACUGUUUGUGACAUUAGUCUUGUCAUGCCUUGUUUUCCAUCGAUUGUUUUUUUUUUUUUGUUUCGAAAGGUAAAUAAGGAAGCGGUGGAGUCUGAAAAUGAUCAAUUUCAAGAUGCUCUAAAAUGCUAGAGAACAGGAAUAUUCAAACAGAAAAAACAUGAGGCAAAUGCAUGUUUCUUAGUGUUUCCAUCUUAACCGUACAACUAUCAAUUGCUAUAGUCUUAUGCACAUUCUUAUUAGCAAAUCUGUAACGUGCAAAAGUGUAUGCGGUAAACAAAUAACCCUCAUACAUGAUACAAAAAAAUACACUUUACUUUAGCUAAAAUAUAUUCUAGUAUUAAAACUCCAGCACUUCGCAACAGCAGGAUUACUGCAGAUGUAGGAUCUGAAUUUGAGCCAGUUUGCUACAGCAGGAAAAUAAUCUUGCAGCAACAGGAAAUGUGAAUUAUAAGUAAUGGACAUUUUGUAUGGGGUUGAUACAUUUAUAAUUAUGGCAAAUCAAGUCUGAAAUUUCAACGUGGAAAUUACAAACUUUAGAAGCAUUUUUAAAACUCAAAUACACUACAAGUCUGCGUUUCCUGCCGUGCAGGAAAAUUCUCUGCAACAAGAGUUUAUCAAAUGAAGAUCCUACAUCUAUAUUAUUGGCCAGGCAGGAGUGCACCAGAGCAUGAUAUUUGCUUGACAUCUUCUCCUCUACACUUUGUGUAAUGUUAAGUUAUCAUGAGCGCAGGCGUUUCUAUUUCAGUGGGAGGAACUACUUUAAAAAAAACAUGAUUCUGUCUGGAGUUAUUUUGGGUGACACUGGAGAGUGAUUUAUUUUGAUUUAGAAGUGUUUGAAUUUGUGUUCCAGCUUGUUCCCCCUCUGCCCCACUGUUGUUAGUUACUGUGUUAAUGUUCCUACCACUGUGUGAGUUUGAGAUAUUUUACUUUCAGUUUUCUGAAAUAGCUUUUGGGGAAGGUUUUGUUUGUUUUAAUGUACAUUUGCACUAUUUGUGAUGUUUGGAGAAUUAAAAGGUAUCUUGGAUCACUA